AUGAGCCGAGGCCCGGCAGGGUGGAAGCUGCGAGGACGCCUCGAGGGAGAGUGGGUGUGGGGCCAGCGCAGGGCGCAGAGCAUCAGCCUCACUGACGGCAUCGUGCUCCUCCCGCAGCCCGACCGCGCCAGCGCACCCCUGGAGGUCGUGCUGCUGGCCAAGGUGUCCACUGGCUUCCCCGGUGUCGUCCAGCUGCUGGAGUGGCUUGAGCGACCCAAGGAUAUCGUGAUGGUGCUGGAGUGCCCAGAGCGGUCUCGGGACCUGCACCAUUUCAUUCGGGCACGGGGGAUCCUAUCCCAGGAGAUGGCGCAGAAGCUGUUCUGCCAGGUGCUGGGGGCCGUGCGGCACUGCCCCAGCUGCGGGGUCCUGCACAGGGACAUCAAACCCCAGAACAUCCUGGUUGACCUGGCCACCGGGCAGGUCAAAUUGAUCAACUUUGGCUGUGGCACCUACCUGCAAGACACAGCCUACAUUCACUUUGCAGGAACAUGGUCAUACAGCCCCCUGGAAUGGACCCACGCUGGCUGGUACUAUGGCAAGCCAGCUACCAUCUGGUCCCUGGGCAUCCUGCUGCACCAGAUGGUCUGCGGGGAGCACCCUUUCAGGAGGGGCCAGAACAUCAGCUGGGACCGUCAGCUCUCGCUGCCACAACGGCUCUCUCCAGGUGGAUCCUCAUCUGUGGCCACAGGGGCAAUACCAGUGCUGGGAGACAGCAGCAGCUCAUGAGCAUCCCGCUCUGGCAGCUGCUGAGGAGGUGGCACAUGUCCUGCUCUCCUGCUCUCCUCCAAAACAGGGAAUUGAUGG